UGUUCAUAAAAUGUGAAAGGAUUAGAUUUAUAAAUUGCGGAUUAUUUUAUUCUUUUAAUCAAAUAAUUCUAAUUAUUAUUAGUAGCUGAAAGUUGUUUUUAUUUAACGAGUAUUAUUUAAAUCUUUGUAAUUAAAUAUUUAAAUUUUUUUUUGUGUGGUAAUAAUGUAAUAUACAUAUGAAAUUUUUUUCUCAGCUUCGAAGCGCAUGAGGCUCAAUGUGAUCGGGGAUGUUGAUACUGGCAAACAGACUUUCGUCUCUACGCCCAACAGAACCCCUUCUAAAACCCAUAUCCUACAACUACAAUCUCACAACCACCACAUCACCACCGUCGCCGCCGCAAGACGCCACCAUCGUCAACCUUGUGCUGAAAACUGACUCACAGACCCUGACGCGAACCCUAGAAAAAUACCCAGUCGAAUGGACCCCAAACCUCGUCGACAGAGUCCUCAAGCUCCUCUGGAACCACGGCCCCAAAGCCCUCCAAUUCUUCAAGUCCCUCGAUUAUCACCCUACCUAUGCACACGUCUCCUCCUCCUUCGACCACGCCAUCGACAUCGCUGGCCGUUUGCGCGAUUACAAGACUCUCUGGACCCUCGUCGACCGUAUGCGGACUCGUCGGCUCGGCCCCAAUCCCAAAACCUUUGCAAUAAUCACUGAGAGGUACGUCUCCGCCGGAAAACCGGAUAGGGCUAUUAAGAUAUUCUUCUCGAUGCAUGAACAUGGUUGUGUUCAAGAUUUGAAUUCGUUCAAUACAAUUCUCGAUGUGUUAUGCAAAUCAAAGCGGGUGGAAAUGGCUGAUAAUAAAUUGUUUAAGGUUUUCAGGGGUAGGUUUAGGGCUGAUACUGUUAGCUAUAACAUAAUGGCAAAUGGGUGGUGUUUGAUUAAGCGAACCCCCAAGGCAUUAGAGGUUUUGAAGGAAAUGGUGAAGAGGGGGUUGAAUCCCACCAUGACAACGUAUAAUAUAUUGCUUAAAGGGUUCUUUAGGGCUGGUCAGUUGAAGGAAGCUUGGGAGUUCUUCUUGCAGAUGAAGAAGAGAAAAUGUGAAAUUGAUGUUGUCACUUACACUACUGUGGUUCAUGGAUUUGGAGUUGCUGGUGAGGUUCGAAAAGCUCAAAGGGUUUUUAAUGAGAUGAUUGGGGAGGGGGUACUCCCAUCGGUUGCAACUUAUAAUGCCUUUAUUCAAGUGUUGUGUAAGAAAGAUAAUGUGGAAAAUGCAAUAUCGGUUUUUGAGGAGAUGUUGAGGAAGGGUUACAUGCCCAAUUCAACCACUUACAAUGUAGUGAUUAGAGGGUUGUGUCAUGUGGGGAGAAUGGAAAAGGCAAUGGAGUUUAUGGCCAGAAUGAAGGAUGAUGAGUGUGAGCCGAAUGUUCAGAUAUAUAAUGUUGUCAUUCGUUAUUUUUGUGAUGCAGAAGAAAUUGAGAAGGGUUUGAAUGUUUUUGAGAAGAUGGGGGAUGCAGAUUGCUUGCCCAAUUUGGAUACAUACAAUAUUUUGAUUAGCGCAAUGUUUGUGAGGAAGAAAUCAGACUAUUUGUUGACAGCAGGAAAGUUAUUGAUUGAGAUGGUUGAGAGAGGGUUUCUGCCUCGAAAAUUUACUUUCAAUCGGGUUCUGGAUGGGCUUUUGCUGACAGGCAAUCAAGAUUUUGCAAAAGAAAUUCUGAGAUUGCAGAGCAGAUGUGGCCGUCUUCCUCGUCGGCUCAAGCUGUGAAGCUGAGCAGCAUUCAGAUUGGUUCAUAAACAACAGGGAUUUUAUCCCCAAUGCACCUUCCUUGGCCAAUCCCCUGAUGUGAUAGUAAGUUCAUUCCUCUGCACAAUUGUGAGCCCAUUAUCAUUUGAAGGUGUUUCUACUCUUAUUGAAGCUGCCAUGUUUUAUCCGGUUUCGAAGAUUUUCAUGUCUGAUGGCUGUGACCACAUUUUGAACUCUAUGAAACUCUCUGAUGGUCUAAUGGUAUAUUGAGGAUGAGCUGCUACAUUGAUAUUGGAUGAAUAUUGUCAAUUGAUGCACAACUUGGCUUGGCUUCUAAAGGUUACUCUAUUGCUAGUGCUUCACAAAAUAGGACUUUUAUUAUGCAAGAUGUGGACAAGAAAGGUUAUGAAUGGGACGGUUCAAUCUUCGGAAUCUUGAGACCCUGGGAUGGAAGCAUUCAUCUCUGCUGACAGGAAAAAGAAACAAGGUGGUUUUAGCUCUUGAGAAGAAAAAAGACAGCUACUGAAGUGAACAGUUAAUCAAUAGAUGGUUUGAUACUUAAAUAACUAUCAAUUCUCAUAAUAGCUUAUUCUUAUAUUAACAGUUGAUCAACAGAAGGUUUGGUACUUAAUUAACUACCAAUUUUCUGCGAUAGAUUAUGCUUUGUAUCACCUUAUUUGACUGUUGAAUUUACCAUAUCGAGACCGACAAAUAAGAAGGUUAAUAAACUAUGCAUUUUUUACCUCC